UGUGUUUUUUAACUUCUAGCAGAAGAAACUCGGCGUUUCGGAAUGUCUUUGGAAGAUCCGUUUUUUGUAGUGAAAGGGGAAGUGCAGAAAGCAGUGAACACUGCCCGGGGGCUCUAUCAGCGAUGGACAGAACUUCUUGAAGAGUCGACAUUUGUUAGCAAGGAAGAAUUUGACUGGACCACCAAUGAAUUAAGAAACAGCUUGCGGUCCAUUGAGUGGGACCUUGAAGAUCUGGAAGAAACUAUUGGCAUUGUACAAUCUAAUCCACGAAAGUUCAAGAUUGAGGAAAAUGAGCUGGCAGAGAGGAAAGCCUUUGUGGAGAGAAGCAGGGAUGCCGUCAAGGAAAUGAAAGAUCACAUUUCAAGUCCAUCAGCGAUGGCAGUAGUCAAAAAGAAAAGUCGACAGGCACUUAUGUCAGGAGAUGGACAUCACAGUGGGAUUCAGUCUGACCGCUACACACGUCUUGACCAGGAUCUCAUCAUGGGAAACUCUCGAUAUAUUGAGGACCAGCAAGCACAGCAACAG